AUGGCAACUUCUCGCGUCGGAGGUGCAUCCGCAGUUCCACAGCCCACGAUGAACCUUAGCAACCCGGCUACAAACGCACUACCCGAUCUGGCUACAGUUGACUUCGGUCUGACUGCGGUUCUUGAGGUUUUUGGUGACGAGACCUCCAAGAAGACACUCCUAAACAUAAUCGCACGCGAGGUGCACAUGUGCAAAACACACAACGAACACCGUGCAAACUACCCUGACGGUCGCCUUGUUCAGCUCUUCGGAGAAGAUCCGUCAAUUGAGAAUGAGCUCCUCUUUAAACACUACAUCACCGAACACAUUCCUGGUAUGGAUACCGCCAACAAUAUCUCCCAGAGAAUCCAAAUUGCCCGUGCCUGUUUGGCUGCUGGUAAAGCUUGGGAUGAAGCCAUGCAAAACCCCCGGGGCACCGGCCCAAGCAACCGCGAAACACAGGAUGGUGCUGAAUUCCAGGACCCAAACCGCCCAAUUGUGAAGCUGAGCAAGGUCUACCGAGAGGCUCUUGUGAACUACUACCUUGCCGAUGCCAACAAAUCCGGCGUCUCUGACAAGGCAACUGACAAGUUUUCCAACGUCCGCUUUCUACGUGAUACCGCUGAGAAUCUUCUUCGCACUGCUGGAGAUGAGGGUAUGCGUGGUACACGGUUCUACGAGGAUGUCGAGAGAGUUCGAGACGCGAGCUGCGAACAUGCACAAUGGCUUGCUGGGGGUCGUAAGCGCACCUUUGACGAAGGUGGUCGUGGUAAUCGUGAUCACUGGGAGCCCGGCUUGCCCGAUGAAGAAAAUGAUGAGCAAGAGCCGCCUGCUGAGUACAAUCCUCGAAAGCGCCGUGCCCCUCACCGAACUGGACGGAGCCAGCGUGAUCGUCGUGAAUACUAUGAUUCUUACCGUCCUCAGUAA